AUGGCACUCGUGCUGCUUGGCCUGGCCGCGCUGUGCGGGAGCGCCGAGCCCCGAGAGCCGACUAUUCAGUGUGGCUCUGAAACUGGGCCAUCUCCAGAGUGGAUGGUUCAACACACUCUGACCCCAGGAGACUUGAGGGACCUCCAAGUGGAACCUGUUAAAACCAGUGUUGCAAUGGAGGAUUAUUCAAUUUUGAUGAACAUAAGCUGGAUACUUCGGGCAGAUGCCAGCAUCUGCAUGUUGAAGGCCACCAAGAUCUGCGUGACAGGCAAAAGCAACUUCCAGUCCUAUAGCUGUGUGAGGUGCAAUUACACAGAGGCCUUCCAGAGUCAGACUAGGCCCUCUGGUGGCAAAUGGACAUUUUCCUACGUAGGCUUUCCUGUGGAGCUGAACACACUCUAUUUCAUUGGGGCCCAUAAUAUCCCCAAUGCAAAUAUGAAUGAAGAUGGCCCUUCCUUGUCUGUGAAUUUCACCUCACCAGGUUGCCUAGACCACAUAAUGAGAUAUAAAAAAAAAUGCAUUGACGCAGGAAGUCUGUGGGAUCCAAACAUCACUGCUUGUAAGAAGAACAAGAUGUCAGUAGAAGUGAACUUCACAACCAGUUCCCUUGGAAAGAGAUACAUGGCUUUUAUCCAACGUAAUGGCGUCAUUGGGUUUUCUAAUGUGUUUUAUCUGCACCAGAACAAACUGACACGAACUUCUGUAGUGAUUCCAGUGAUGGAGGAAAGUGAAGGUGCUGUGGUUCAGGUGAUUCCAUAUUUCCCUACUUGUGGCAAUGACUGCAUCCGACGCAAAGGAACUGUUGUGCUUUGCCCACAAACAGGAGUCCCCUUCCCUCUGGACAACAACACACGUGUGCUAGGAGACUGGCUGCUUCUUCUUCUGCCAUCUCUGCUGGUGGCCGCAUGGGUGCUGGCGGUUGGGAUCUACCUAAUAUGGAGACAUGAAAGAAUCAAGAAGAUUUCCUUUUCUACUACUACUCUCCUGCCUCCCAUUAAGAUUCUUAUAGUUUACCCAUCUGAAAUAUGUUUCCAUCACACAGUUUGUUACUUCACUGAAUUUCUUCAAAACCAUUGCAGAAGUGAGGUCAUCACUGAAAAGUGGCAGACAAAGAAAAUAGCUGAGAUGGGUCCAGUGCAGUGGCUUACCAUGCAGAUGCAAGCAGUGGAUAAAGUAGUCUUCCUUCUUUCCAAUGAUGUCAACAGCAUGUGUGACAGUACUUGCGGCAAGAGGGAGGGAAGCCCCAGUGAGAACUCUCAAGAUCUGUUCCCCCUUGCCUUUAACCUUUUCUGCAGUGAUCUCAGAAGCCAGACUCAUUUGCACAAAUACAUGGUGGUCUACUUUAGAGAGGCUGAUACCACAGACAAUUACAGUGCCCUCAAUGUCUGCACCAAGUACCACCUCAUGAAGGACGCCACUGCUUUCUGCACAGAACUCCUCCAUGUCAAGCAGCACGUGUCAAUGGGAAAAAGGCCACAAGCCUGCCACAAUGGCUGCUCCUCCUUGUAGUCCACCCAUGAGAAGCAAGAGACCGAGAAGCCUUCCUACCCUACCAAUUUCAGGGAAAAAGCAUUUGUGAUGAUUGUGAAGUUUACAGGACAGCCUACAAGUAGCUUAGUAGUUAAAAAUAUUAUGCCAAUAAAAUUAACUAACAUUACUAUGGUAGCAUUAAUGAAAGAAUUGAAACUAAAUAUAUAAUUACAAAGUUAAUUUUAUAUCUAGAAAUCAAGAAGUUAUAACUGAAAACUAUAACCAUUCUGAUAAUAGUGAUAAAGCAUCUUCCAGCCAAACAUCCAGUCUUGAAUAGCCAUGCUUUGCACUGUGGGUAGAACUGUUUUGCUCUGUACUAUUAUAAGUUUAAUGAAUGAAUUCUAAUGUAAGAAGCCCUCACUAAUAUACUCAAUAUCUUUUUAGGUGAAAAGCCCUCUAUUACAACAAUCUUUAAAUGUAAUAUAAUACAAGUAGGGAAUAACAUGCUGAACCCAUCUUUAUUGACCAGAUGAUCUUGUAUAUGUGUAACCACUUGUAGUAUUUGGUAUUCACAUAGGACCUCCCCUCUCCAAACUAGAUUCAUGUCCUAACGCUUGCACUUUUAACAUGAACACCAAAAUACAUCACCUGCAAAUCUGGUAUGUACUUAUGUCCCAAGUGCAUAUUGAAGGCCACUGUCAGAAUUCGUGGAGUUUCUUGGUUAACUUUUCACAUUCAAAAUGAAAAUUCUUUGGUUAAAAGUAUGCCCUCUUGAAGUAGUUAAUCUUUUUAUAAAUGAGUUAUAAUGGUUUAAAUAAAAAACAAACUACCACAGAGUUACAGAACACAAAGAUGUGAUAUUUUAAGUUUUCUGACUUAUUUUUCUAAAAGCAUCUUUUUCUUAACACAGAGGUCACAAAAAUGUAUUUAUAGUGGCAAAUGUAUCUUCUAGGAAUGCUUGUUUCAUACAGUGCAAUACUGAAUCUGCUCUGGAAUGUGGAUCAGUAUCAGAUGGUUGACUGUUAAAAUGUAUUUGCAGAUUUUCCUUAAAGGACCAUGUCACUUUUUCUGAUACAUGUCUUAUGGAUAAAAUAAAAACCAAAGUAAAGCAGCAUAAA